UUUGAAGUCGGUUAAAAAUUAAGCGCUUAAAACCAAGCAAAGGCAAAGUCUUAUAUCCGAUAUACGCAUACAUGCACACAACUCUCAUGAAUCCCUCGCUUUUUAAGCUGAACUCCAAGGCCAACAACCACGCAUUACGUAACCUUUUUGUAUGUUAAAAAUUAUCGAUACAUUUACAUAUUACUUGGUCCACAGAUACUCUGGGCUUCAUUAAACGUCAGUUUUGUGGUUCAUGGAAUUACGUUUUGUGAUACCUGUACCCUAGUAGAUGCUUUAUAUAGAAAAUAGUUAAGUAUUGACGUCAUAAUUUAAUUACUUACCGUGUUGAUUGUGUCUACCUUUACUAUUAUGCUGUGAGCGUUUGUGUGUUGUGGAACGACUAUUGGUUCGCUCUCAAUAAAAGGGAAGGUAUAAUAAUUUGCUACUCCUACAAUUUUAUUUGAAAAUGGAUUGUAUAAGUGGAUGGUGUAAGAGUCAGCGUAGAUUAGAUGGGUAUACUGUCAUCAUCACCGGCAGCAAUGCCGGCAUCGGUAAAGAGACAGCCUUAGAUUUAUAUAGGAGGGGUGCAAAAAUAAUAAUGGCAUGUCGAGACAUAAAGAAAGCAGAAAUGGCAAAAGAAGAUAUUGAAAAAGAAGCUGAUUUGAUAAAAGUAGGUAACGAAAAACAAGGCGAGUUAGUAAAAGGAUCGUUGAUUCUUGAGCAAUUAGAUCUGUGCAGUCUUAAAUCAAUACAAGAUUUCUCUCACCGAGUUUUGGAAAAAGAGCCCAGAAUCCAAAUACUAAUAAAUAAUGCUGGUGUCAUGAUGUGCCCUGAAGGUCGGACAGAGGAUGGAUUUGAGACACAAAUGGGAUCUAACCACAUCGGUCAUGCCUAUCUAACGCUUUUAUUGCUACCGAGAUUGAUAAAAAGUGCUCCAUCCAGGAUAAUAUGUUUGUCUUCUUUGCUGCACGAAAAGAACGACGUGGCUUUUGACGACAUGAAUUUUGAGAAAACUCCAUACAACGCAUACGUAGCCUACUGCAGAAGCAAAGCCGCGAAUGUAUUGUUUGCUAGAGCGCUUGCCCUAAAGUUGAAGGAACAUAAUAUGACAGGCGUUACUACAUACAGCGUGCACCCAGGAGUGAUCAGCACGGGAAUCGCCAGGCAUUAUGAUCAAACUAUGGGGUACGGGACAUCGUGGCUCUUCAACCGUGUGCUUAGUUGGUUCAUAAAAUCGCCGCGCUGUGGAGCCCAAACUACGAUCUAUUGUGCUGUCGACGAGGCCUGUGCCAACGAAACUGGACUCUAUUACAGCGACUGUGCCGUAAAGACACCUUCCAAACAAUGUCGAAGUGAUGAAGAAGCCGAGAAAUUGUGGGCGGUAACGGUAGAGCUAUUGAAAUCGAAACUGCCGGAUUAUAAUCCUUUCGUCGUAGAAGGGAAUUAAUUUGUAGUAUCGUAUUCUUUAUUAUAAUUGGCAAGAUUAUAGUAAUUGAGUACUUGCAUAUUUUAAUGUAUUAUGUAUUAGUAUAUAAAAAUAUUUUAUAACUGUGUUAAUUGUUAAAGGUUGCUCCCAUAUAUUUCGACAUAGGUACAUUUUAUACGUGCGUUAUACAGUGUUUUAUUUUAUUACUGAACUUAAUGAUGAAUAAUAAGCGCUAUUAUUUUUUACAUCAUGUUAUUUUUUUUUCUGAUUUGUAUAAAGGGUAGUAAAUAAUAGGUACCUAUAUUUAAGUACUUGAUAAUACUAAACUGGUAUUCGGUAUUUAAUUUUUAUUAAAAAGUUUCAUACAACCCAUCCGUAA